AUGACUACCGGCCCAACACUGGACUCGGCCAUUGGCCGCAGUCGCCAGGACUCAUUCGUGAGUGCCGGCCCCAAGCCGAUUUCUAUGAUCAACCCGAACCGCGAAAAUGCGAAUCGGGGACGGCGUGAAAGCCUGGCCGGUAGUUUGAUGAACGGGAUGAGUUGGGGUGGCCUUUCCGUCGGAAGUUUCAUUAGAGAUGACCUUGCGAUGACCGGCACCUCACCAUUUGCUGGCGUAGCCCAGUCCCCUUCGUUUCACUCAAAUUCGUACAUCCCCAAAAUGGAAGCCGAGUAUCUGCGCGACUUUGUAUGCUGCGAUCUCAAGUUGGACACAAUGCACGACCUGCUCCGUCACUAUGAAACAGUUCAUACUGGAGCAAAUGGGCAAGGCAAUCGAAACGGUAGUGGUGUUCGCAUGCCUCAUAGGCUCUCCGUCAGCAGCAGGCCUUCUAUCUCCAUGGGCUCUGGCCGUCCUGAUUCUCAGGGCUUCCAGAACCAAGGUCAAAUGAGCUUUGGUCAACCUAACCGGAUAGCGGGCACCAACGGUGCUUCCGGCAUGGGCUUUGGAAGCAUACACGGGGGUCGACAAUCGAUGGGCAUGGACUCUGGCAAGCAAUCCCAGCUGAGUAGUAUGCAAUCUAAUGAUGACAUGGACGCUGUAGGUGAUAUGGAGAUGGAUGACGCCGUUGGGAUGAUGGAAAUGGACGAUAGCAGUCACAGAACCAUCCAGCAAACCCGCCAGAUGUUUGGGCAGCAAAGACCUCAGCUGCAGCUAAACAGCUCGGGGCUACCGCAAGCCUUGCGAACGUCACAGCCACCAACGCCAGGCGCCUCAGGGUUCGGUUACCAGAACAACCCAACAGUGUCGUCUGUGAACACACCUACCCUCACGACCAACCACUCCAGCUUAGGUGGCACGCCAGAUGGUGUCAUGGACAGUUCCGCGCUUGACUUCAUGGAUCUCAACAGCGCGGUCGGAAAUUUGAACAGUCCGGCGUUGUCGGAAUAUUUCAUUCAAGAUCCGGCGAAGAGGUUAUAUAGCCCGAACGGUACUUCGGCUAACCAGCAGCGGGCGCUUCAGCAACAAAUGGCGCAAUUUGGUCUGGAUCAGAGUCAAUUUCCCAACAUCACUGACCCUACUCAUCUAGCUGCGUUGCAGAGGGCCAUUGCGAAUCCAGAGACUUUCACCAUGCCACCAGAAGAGGACAAACCGUUCAAGUGCCCCGUGAUUGGAUGUGAAAAAGCUUAUAAGAACCAGAAUGGGUUGAAGUACCACAAACAGCACGGUCACCAGAAUCAACAGCUUCACGAGAAUGGUGAUGGUACCUUUUCAAUCGUUAAUCCCGAGACUUCCGCGCCGUACCCUGGCGAGACAGGAAUGGAGAAGGAGAAGCCACAUAAGUGCGAGUAUUGUCACAAACGUUAUAAGAACUUAAAUGGGCUGAAAUACCACAAACAACACUCAUCAGCUUGCGAAAUCCAGGCCCAAGCGGCAAGCAUCCGAGCGAAUCUGUCCAAUAAUCAGAUGAGUUUCAAUAUGGGCAACAUCACGCACGGGUUGCCUGGUAUAGGUGAGGAGAUGCAAAUGUAG